ACCUUGUGUUGUUCUUGUGGAGAUUUAUUUUCAUACCCAUCUCUCCAAUUUUGUGCUAAAACAUUCUUGUAGUACAAAAUUUGUAGUCAUGUUGGGGAAGAGAACCCACCUCGGAAAGUUGUCGGAAUUAUUCGUUUCCGGCAACCGUGCCAGAGUAGUUUCAGAGGCUACCACUAGUCCAAGAUGUCCAUUAUAUUUGAAAGCUCAAUCACCCAGAUGUGGAACAAAGUGUUAUGAGCUUGGUGGGGUUGGAUUGGGGAUUGUUGCUGCCCUUGAAAAACCAAGUAGUAGUAAUGGCAAAGGACAUGAAAUUCUGGCCAAGUAUGCCAUAACAAGUCCCCGGUGUUCGAUCAAAUCGGCUCCGAUUCCAGCCUAUUCCGGUAGAAAUUGUGGUGGGUUUGAGGAGGAGAUUGAUUUGGAGAAUUACACUUACGUCACAUUUCAUGGACCAGACAACAAAUCCAUCACAAAAGUGUAUCAUGAUGGUGGUGAUAAUGCUAGGAUUGAUAAUGUUUGUGAAGCGAAGAAGACGAAGAAGAAGACGAGACGUUUCAAUCAAAAUUCGUACCCAGUUUCAGAUUUUCUUAGCUCUUGUCAUCUGUGUCAGAAGCAGCUUCAUGGGAAAGACAUAUACAUGUACAGGGGUGAGAAGGCGUUUUGCAGUCCAGAGUGUCGAUCGAGGCAAAUAAUGGUGGAUGAGCGCAAAGAGCAGUGUAGAUCAUCAGAUGCUGCGAGAUCUGCAGAUUUGUCGAGCUCGCCUUACACAAGAGACCAGAUCUUCUCUACUGGAAUUCUUGCGAUUUAGCUUAUGAAGGCAACACCACCACCACCAGUCAUGAAAUCUGCAGUUUUUUUUUUCUUUUUCUUACACUGGAAUACUAUAAAUAUCAAAAGUUAUAUGACACUGGAGAGUAAAUAACAAUGGAAAAUUUUGAUCAGAUGUAAUCGUUUAAAUGCUAUGAACUUUCUUCAUUUUUGGGUAUCUCUUGAUUUGAAUAAAUCUGAGUUCUUACAGAACAAACACGU